AUGCGUUCCGCAACCGAGUUCCCUCAACUUGCUGGCUUUGGCCUCUAUGCUAGCAAGAUCCGCGGCGACGGAAAUUGCCUUUUCAAUGCCUUGUCUGACCAGUUGUACGGCGAUCAGAGCGAGCAUCGUGAGAUUCGCGCCAAGGUCAUUGCAUAUAUGCGAGACCACGCCGACGUAUACAAGAGCUUCAUUACGGUCAACGUUGGAGGCGGUACGAGACGCAAUCCCAAGCGCAAGAACACGGCCGCUGUCAAUGCUCCCCUCGACAAUACUGCCCCGACCGACGAGCAGAUCCAUGCUACCUUCGAGGAGCACCUGCGAGCCAUGGCCCGUGGUGGCACGUAUGGAGACAACUUGGAAAUCACUGCCUUCAGCUCUGCGUUCCGCGUCGAUGUCAAGAUCUACCAGCGCGAAUUCGCCUAUAUGGUCCAUGGCGAGGUCCAUGGCGAGAAUGCAAACGAGCCGGAGGGCCAGCGCCCGGUUGUUCACAUUGCUUACCACACCUGGGAGCACUUUUCGUCCGUCCGCAACAUCAAUGGGCCCCACACCGGCCUGCCGAACGUCCAGAUGAUUGAGCUCACCAAGGAAGAAGAGAAGACGCAGCAGACUAAGCUUGCCACUACUCCAUAUGAUCAGCCAUGGAUGCUCGAGGCGGUCUCGACCUCACUCCCUUUCCUGGCAGACGAACGUACGAUCAAGAAGGCGCUUGAAGAAGCUAAGGGCAACGUCAACAAUGCAAUCUCCAGCUUGAUCGACGCAAAGAGCUGCAGCGCCUCGCCAGGCGGCUCAAGUGUCGAGAGAGACACUGACACCGACACUGAGGAUACGGACGGUCCGAACAAGCGUCGUGACCGUCGCCUCAGCCGUGCGACCCGCACCCUGAAGACGAAGGCUCCCAAGCCUCCGCAUCCAUUCCUUGUCAGACUCCACGCCAACAGCUCUCAAGAGUCGCUCACCUCCGACACCGGAUCCUAUGGCCUACCCCUUGCGGAUCCAGCUUCUCCCGACAAUUCGGACUCGGACUCGAAGCCAGACUGGCACAUGGAGUCGUUCUAUCAGGGAGACUACAACUCUCCGACCGUUCCAGAUAGCCAACGCAUUCCGUCUCGGGUCAAGAUCAACCUCAAGAAGCCCCAGUCUCCGAGUGGUCGAAAGACUGUCCAACGUCAGACUGGCCCUCAGCGCCGCAAGGCUCCGUCUGCUCGCGAGAAGAAGGACAUCAAGAAGCACGCUCAAAAGGCAGCUCGAAAGGAGCGCGCCAUCGCCGAAGCUAAAGGCUUGAGCCCCAGUACCGUCAAGAAGGGCAUGUCGGCCACCACACAGACCAAGAAACCAUCUCCCGGUCUCGACGACGGCUUCAAGAUUCUCUACAUCUGA